AUGUCGCUGCCCAGUGACGAGGGGCAGAGCAGUCGGAGUCCUGCUGCGUUCCAGUUGUCCCUGGAAGGUCACCUGGAGAAUCAGGCCUCCUCCGGUGGCUUGGCUUGGGCUGUGCCGGGGCAGCGGGGGUGGCAGCGGUGUUGCUGCUGCUGCUGCUGCUGCUGUCGGCUGCCUUUGCUUUGGGUCGCGCUGGCCGUCUGCACCACGAUUGGCUUCACUGUUCAGCUCCUGGGCAUCUCCCUUCCGAAGAGGGUGUCCUCACCUCCGCUGCUCUCCCCCACACGCGCUCCAGUCCCCUCGGCAGAACCUCUGGGGGUGCGGGAGGAAGAGCCCGUCAGCCACCUCCUCUCCUGCCAGCCACGGCAACACCUGGUCUUCCUGAAGACCCACAAGACCGCCAGCAGCACCCUCAUCAACAUCCUGCACCGCUUUGGGGACACCAGAUCGCUGCGUUUUGCCCUGCCGGCCGGCUACCAGUUCAGCUAUCCCAGGCUUUUCCAGGCACGACACGUGAAAGGGUGGCGCCCCUCGGGGGCCCCAUUCGACAUCCUUUGCCACCACAUGCGCUUCAACUUGCUUGAGGUCCAGAAGGUGAUGCCCACAGACAGUUUCUAUUUCUCCAUAGUGCGGGAUCCGGCUUCCUUGGCUGAAUCGGCUUUCUCCUAUUACCGAGGUGUGGUUCCUGCCUUCCGCCGGGCUCGCUCACUGCCAGAGUUCCUGGCUUCUCCACAGAACUUCUACCGGCCUGGUGAGCGUGGCAGCCACUAUGCCCGCAACCUGCUUUGGUUUGACUUUGGCCUUGAUCCGCCAACAAGCCCCGGCUUAGCCCCAAUCCACGCUGCCCUGCUGGGACUGGAUCGCAUUUUCCACCUCGUGCUGCUGACGGAAUACAUGGACGAGUCGCUGGUCCUGCUGCGUGACGCCCUCUGCUGGAGCUUUAAGGACGUGGUGGCUUUCCAGCACAACCUGCGCAACCCGGAGGCCGUUCACCAGCUGGGGGCCGCCGACGUAGCUCGGCUCCGCGCUUGGAACCACCUGGACUGGCAUCUCUACACUCAUUUCAAUCGCACUUUCUGGGCACGUGUGAAACACUUUGGCACCGCCCGCAUGGCUGGGGAAGUGGCCAUUCUCCGAAAGCAGCGGGCAGAUCUUACGCGGCGUUGUUUACAAGGGGGGGGCCCACUGGAGCCAGGCCACAUUGCCGAUGAGCGCAUCCGCCCCUUCCAGUUUGGGCAGGUGCCAAUCCUGGGCUAUGCCCUACAACCCAGCUUGGCAUCUGGCCUGCAGGCCGUGUGUCAGCAGCUGGUCACUCCUGAGCUGCAGUACAAGGACCUCCUGGAUGCCAAGCAGUUUCCCCACGCCUACAAGGGGGGCGAUCUCAGACAGGGAGGGGGGGAAGCAGCUCACAACGGCUCUCGGCAGAAGCCAUCCGACUGA